AUGGUCAACCAACCAAAUGUUACGCGAGCUUCAACGGCGGCAGCAAAGAAGUUGAAAUCCUUGUCAAGCGGGAAGGACGCGACUGAAGUACAUAAGGCAUUAGUACCGUUACCGAUAGAUGGUGAGGAAGUCAACGCGACUGAUGGUAGAAUGGACCCAGGAUACAUACCUGUUGAUAACCGUGCCAAUGAUCCUUUGGUGUUUGAUGACGAGGAGGAAAACCUGGGUGGGAAGGAUAGGGAAGAACCAAUAGAACCGGAUUUCAUAGAGUAUAUGAAAGCUGUUCCAGAUACGGAAAAGAAUCCUGUCAAUCCAAUUUCUGGGUUGUUAGAACAAGCUUUAGCCGCCCAAUUAGGUGGACGCACUGAGAUGGCAAACAAGUAG